CUGCCCUGCCUGCUCUCGGCUCGGGCAGAGCGCGGCGGCGGCGGCGGCGGCCCCGGCACCGCCGGCCCCCGCGGAGGCGGCGGCAGGGCGGGCGGGCUGAGCGCGGCUCCCCGCAGGCAGGCGGCGCUGCGGGCGCGGCCGCCGCGGAGGAGCCGCCCGCGGGCGCGCAGCCCGGCGCGGAGCGGGGACAGGGGACGAGGGGAGCGGCGGGUCCGCGGCGGCUGCGGCGGCGGAGGGCGGGAGGCAGGAGGCAGGAGGCGGAGGAGGAGGAGCAGGGGGAGGUGCGGGAUAAAGGAGCGCUUGCUGCUCCCGCUCGCUCUCCGGCGGGGCUGAGGGAGGCAUCAUGGCCGCGAAGUCGGACGGGCGGCGGAAGAUGAAGAAGGGCGGCGAGGUGGCGUUCACGCCGCUGCAGAACUCCGAGCACUCGGGGUCCGUGCAGGCGCUGGCCCCGGGGCUGCCCGCCGGCGCCGGGCCGGGCGGCGGCAGCGACGACGACGAGGCGCCCGGGGGCGGGUGCUGCAGCGGCGGCGGGGACGGCUCGGGCGGCGGCUCCCGCUGCUGCUGCUGCUGCUGCUGCUGCUGCUGCUGCGGCGGCAGAGGAGGAGACGGCGGCGGGGGCGGCGGCGGGGGCUCCCGGGGCUCGGGCGGGGGCUCGUCCUCCUUGUGCCUGCGGCUGGGCAGGGAGCAGCGGCGCUACUCGCUGUGGGACUGCCUCUGGAUCCUGGCCGCCCUGGCCGUGUACUUCGCGGACGUGGGCACCGACAUCUGGCUGGCGGUCGACUACUACCUGCGGGGCCAGCGCUGGUGGUUCGGGCUCACCCUCUUCUUCGUGCUCCUGGGCUCCCUCUCCGUGCAGGUCUUCAGCUUCCGCUGGUUCGCGCACGACUUCAGCACCGAGGACAGCGCCGCCGCCGCCGCCGCCGGCGGGCACUGCCCCGCCGCCGAGAGCAAGCUGCUGGUGAGCAGCGGCUCGGCGGCCGCGGACAUCGACGCCGCUCGCCCCUGCACGCCGCAGCGGCAGGCGUCCACCGCCAGCAAGAGCAACGCCACGAACAGCAGCAGCAACAGCAGCAGCAACGCCGCCGGCAGCGGCGCCGCCGGUCCCCGCGCCGGCGGCGGCAAGUCGGCGUCCUGCGCCUUCUGUAUCUGGCUCCUGCAGUCUCUCGUCCACAUCCUGCAGCUCGGGCAGGUCUGGAGGUAUUUCCACACAAUAUACUUGGGUAUCCGGAGUCGACGGAGUGGAGAGAAUGACAGAUGGCGGUUUUAUUGGAAAAUGGUGUAUGAGUAUGCAGAUGUGAGUAUGCUGCAUUUGCUAGCCACGUUUCUGGAAAGUGCACCACAGCUGGUCCUGCAGCUCUGUAUUGUUGUACAGACUCGUACACUCCAGGCUCUCCAAGGUCUUACUGCUGCAGCAUCUCUUGUAUCCCUGGCUUGGGCUUUGGCUUCCUACCAAAAGGCCCUCCGUGACUCCCGUGAUGACAAGAAACCCAUCAGUUAUAUGGCUGUUAUAAUCCAGUUUUGCUGGCAUUUCUUCACAAUUGCAGCAAGGGUUAUUACUUUUGCUCUGUUUGCCUCCGUUUUCCAGCUGUACUUUGGGAUCUUCAUCGUGCUGCACUGGUGCAUCAUGACCUUCUGGAUCGUCCACUGCGAGACAGAGUUUUGCAUCACUAAAUGGGAGGAGAUAGUUUUCGACAUGGUUGUUGGGAUAAUCUAUAUCUUCAGCUGGUUCAAUGUCAAGGAAGGAAGGACACGCUGUAGGCUUUUCAUUUACUAUUUUGUGAUCCUUUUAGAAAACACCGCCUUGAGUGCUCUCUGGUAUCUGUACAAGGCCCCACUAAUCUCUGAUGCAUUUGCCAUACCAGCACUGUGCGUAGUGUUCAGCAGCUUUUUAACAGGCAUUGUUUUUAUGCUAAUGUACUAUGCCUUCUUUCACCCCAACGGACCAAGGUUUGGGCAGUCACCAAGCUGUGCUUGUGAGGACCCUGCCACUACCUUCACCCUACCCCCAGAAGUGGCCACAAACACUCUACGGUCCAUCUCCAAUAACCGGAGCGUCACGAGCGAGCGGGAUCAAAAAUUCGCGGAGAGGGAUGGGUGUGUGCCUGUGUUUCAGGUGAGACCCACCGCACCAUCCACACCUUCAUCCCGGCCACCAAGGAUUGAGGAGUCUGUCAUUAAAAUCGACCUGUUCAGGAACAGGUACCCAGCGUGGGAGAGACAUGUUUUGGACAGAAGCCUGAGGAAGGCGAUCUUAGCAUUUGAAUGUUCCCCUGCUCCUCCACGGCUACAGUAUAAAGAUGAUGCCCUUAUCCAGGAGCGCUUGGAAUAUGAAACUACAUUGUAAACAAAACAAAAACACAGCUUGAAGAAGCUCCAACAUUACAAUCAAAAUUAAGGGUUGACAGUAGGGCUGUAGGAAUAACUAAACUGCAUAUUACAAGUAGAGCAGCAAGCUGUAGUGUUCUUAGUCUGGCUAUCAUCAUGAUUAUCAUUUGAUCCACUGUGUGCAGUCUGUCUGCAGGACACUGAUACAGCAGCAUCCCCUGAAAGCCUCAAAAAACCCCAUUCCUGACCCAUACGUACAGAUCAGUUACUUCAGCUGGGGAAACUCACCCACGACUCCUUGCUGCUAUGAAACUCUGACUGCACAGUGCUUACAAUCAAACCAAUAGGAAGGCUCUGACCAGAGCUUUCAACUUUAGCCAGUAGUGCAUUUUAUUUUAGAAAUGAAUGAUUGAUAUUCGCAUAAUCAAUGGCAAAAACAAGCAAACAAACAAAAAACCUUUUUCAAAUGUAACAAAACUGUAGCACUUAAUGUUACUGUUAUGAAAACUGUUUUCUUGGGAAAAAACACAAGCGUAGUAGUCUUCAACACUCCCAUAAAUCAACCAUUCAGGUUAGAAUAGGUUUGCAAAAUAGUUCUUAAUUAAAAAGAUGCAUCGUCAUGUUUGUAAGGCUGUCAACGGAAAAUAAACUAAAUUCUGAUUAAUUAGGUCAUAAACAUUAAUACUACGAGAACUGUUUGUUUUCUGUGGGAUUUCAAAGUCUUUUUCAAUGCAAUUUAAAUUCUUCAUGUAACUUUCAGCAGAAGUCCUAUGCAGCUCACUUCUGGUUUUCAGGAGAAAUAAGGAGCUCUAGCACGUAGUGAAGUAAAUUAAAUGAUAAUCAUGAUUCAGUGUUCAAUUUGCAAAAAAAAAAAAAAUAUAUAUAUAUAUAUGUACAAGAACAGGGAAGUAUAGUUUUCGUAUUCUAAACUUUUUGGAGGACCCCAUUCAGAUAUUUCGGAAGAAACUACGAGGAGAUGAACGCACUGAAACUUCUCUGUUUCAGGACUGAGAAUGCAUGAUUCAGUGUGUGAAUGUAUGCAGGGGUGACAAGAGGCUGUGACAUGCCACACCCUUCUAGUGCCAAACAUUGUAUAACUGCAAGGUUGAUACUGCCUGAGGGACAGAUAACGAGUGGCACGAGCCCUACCAGAACAAGAAGCAGGAAAGACCAAUCAAGUUCUCAACGUGUAGAGACAGCUCUGAUUUUUCCCACCCAAGGUGAAAGUGAUGUCUUUUAAAGGCUUUCAGCCACCUCUUAGUAAGUAUAUUCACCGAAGUAUAAGCAAGUUAUGUGGAAGACCCUCUUCUGCCUGUUCAAGACUUGUGUCCAGAUACGUCUAAAAAUUACGUUGAAUCUCUUGUAAUAGAGUGCUUUUGCUGCAAGCUUUUGGGUUUUAAAUACCUCCCUAAAUCUAGUCAAUGGUAUCCUCCUUUAUGUUAAAAGUAUCCCCUGAUGGUGCUUUCAGAUGCAUUAAAGGUGCAAGUCAAAAUUUGAUAGUAUUUUUUUUAAAGCUGGUGCAGAGUGAAAAACUCAUGAAUUAUUUCAAUAUUUUUGUAAAGUAAAAAUAUGGUAUAAAAAAGUUACUUUUUAUAAACCUCAAAUCUUUUAAUACAUUUCAUUCUCUUUAUAGCUUAGAUUUUAAGAAUUGGUCCAUGAAUUUUAUCAACUGGCUUCUGCAGGUUGAUAUAAACCUGGUUUUCACACAUUAUGGAUUUGUUUUGCAGUGUAAUGCCAUAUGAAAGCCUACAUGGGUACUUUUAGAAUACUCCAUAAACCGUGGAUCCUGCUUCAAAUGUAAGUGGCUUGUAAAGACACCAAGCGAUUCCAUAAGAAACAAUUUGCUAUAACUAUUUCCAUCCUUUUAGGAGAGCGAAGCAGAACUGAAGAGUUACUGUUGUAAAUGGCAUUGUCAGGAUGGAGAAGACCUGAUGAUUGGCAUUGCAAUCUUCACUGUCAGGUAUAUCCAGUGCAGUCACUGCUGUAUAUGCUGCUGGGUAAAUUUUCAUCUUUCCUGUUAUUAAUAUUUGUACUAUGAAAUGGCCGAGGUUACACAGCCUAUCUUUAUUUGUAUGUGUUCAAUUAGCCAUUUUUAAUGUUGACUUUUUUUAUUGGUGAAAUGUUCGAUACCUGUUGUUCUUUGCUGGGGCGAGUUCCUCAAAACAAAACAUCUGUGGAAGUGCAGGAAUCUGCAAGUCAGAGGGAACUUUACACAGAUCAGAAAACACCCGUGCUUCAAGGGUUUCUUAGGUAUUUUCAAAUUAGGCAGUGGCCAACUGCCUCUAUAAUAAUUUUUUAAAUAAAACAACUCUUUGAUAGUCCAAACCUGAAGCUUUGUACAAAGUGAUUCCUCUUCCCUCCAUGGAGAUGUAGCUGAUAAUUCAGAGAGAUGCAGUCAUAUUUUAUGAGAAAAUAUACCACUGCAAGAACUGCUAAAAAUAUUUUAGGAGCAAGUCCUUUGUCCUGUCAGAUUCAGUAGAGCCUUCACUCCAGAAUCAAAUGCUAGCUCGCACAAGGGAAUUGCUCUUUACCAACCAGGCAAACGGUAAGCUUUGUAAUCCAAGAUGUGAGGGCUUCUUUUGGAAACAGUUCGAUGUAUUUGCCGCUGCUUUAACAACUGAGAAAUUUUAGCGUGAGUGAAGCACAGCGGGCAGCACUCUCGAGCCCUUUGGUCAGCGCUUACAGAGUUGAAGAAGCAUUGCUUCGUACAGAAUUUAAAGGCUUACAGUCUGGACCAGUGCUUGCAUUGCAAGGUUUCCAAAGAAGGUUUGCAGUGAGUUAGUUUGAUUUGCUCUUGGUUGGUUUUGGAAGGAAGGACACAGAGGCGUUAUUUAUCCAUGUGGGUUUUAAUAUCUAGCAUUUAUUUUCUUUGUUCUCCCAGCAUUUUUAUUUUUUGUUAAUGUUUGUAAUUUUAUCUUAAGCAAACUACUGCAGGGUCUGAGUGCAUAGCGCCGUAUGUGGCAGUACGUAUACACAGCUUGUCUUCAGAAUUCAAUCCAGCUGUUUGAGGAAGGGGAGAAUUAAUUUUAUACUGAGCCAAAAUUUGCUCUCCAAAUCUGGUACGUUAUGUACAGUGAUACUUGCACUGAGAACAGGGUGGCCAUUGAAAUCUUAACGCUCAGAUGACUACAUGGACAGUUUCUUAAUUUGCUUUGCUGUGAACAGUCGCAUUAAAAGCUGUAAGAAUUUUUUAUAGAAAUUGUCAAGAUUAAAUAUAGUCCAUGUUGAAAUUCCACAAUGGCCUUAUGGACAGUUAAUAAUCAAUAUGCACUAUUCUUUUUAACACAGACAGUUUUAAAAUCAAUAAAGUUCAAUUAAGACAGCAAUAGCAAAAAAAAAAAAAAAUGUAAAAAAAUAUUAACUUCUGCUUUUGAAAUAAUAAAAAAAAAAUCAGGUCUUUUACAUUUCUUUCCAGAACACAGGAAAAUAAAAAAGUUCAUAAUUAUAUUCUGGUAAAGAAAAGCAAUCACAUCUCUUUGUUAGAAGUAAGAAUUAUGCAAGCAUUGUUCUAAUGAAUGAAACAAACUUGCCAGCAGAUUUAAUGGUAACUUAUCUGGUUAAAGACUUGGUCCUAAAAUUUUGAGAGUUGUGGAUUUGUAUGUUGCAGAAAAGACAAUUUAAGUAGCAUUCGCUACUCUAAUUAGAUAAAGGAAAGGUAAUGCAUACCCAUGUUCAUUCAGAAAACAUAUAAGAAAAUGUACGACAAAUCUUUUGUCUUAUUUUAAAAGUUAUUUGUUCUAUAACAGGAUAAUCUUUUUUUUAAAAAAAAAAAAAAAUUAAUUCUUUGAAGAUAUGUGCAAUACUUUUUUCCUGAAGAUUUGAUGAUGGAAAAACUCAUUUCCACUUUUGUUUAUGUCAGUUUAAAUAUGCUUCUUGUGCUAGAACAAUGUUUCUGUGCUUGGGUUAUAUGGGCUUGAUGGCAUAUAAACACUAUUUUCAUUGGCAAAUCAACAAUUUUUCUAAUAAUUAGUUUCUAUAACGCUGGAGAAAGUUUUCCUUCCAAAAUUAAAUGCUAGGCCUCAGCUGCGUGAUUUUGUAAACUUUUAAGCAAAGGAAGUAAAUUAAAUUUUAUUGGAGCUGCAAUUUUUAAUAUGUGGUAAAUAGGUAUUAAAACCAAAUUUGUUUAAAACCUAUGAUAGUCUAGCCAAUAUAUCAUUAUCUCCCCAAAAAAGCAAUUCAUGAGUGGUACUAAAAGUACAAGUGCUGCUUUAUUUGCAGAGGGACUCCCAAUCAUACGAUAUAUUCAUUUACUUUUUAUUGGCCAGCAAAUAUUCACAACUAGCCUCUUGGUUUUUUUAGAACCCAAAUUAAACAAUUUUGAAGCGGUUGUGAUUUGAUCAUACAACUCCUUAAGAGCCUUAAAAGUGGUGCUGUACCGAGUUUUAGUUGGCUCUGCCGCUGAUUUAGCUCCCAAAGCCACUGCCCUUUCUCCGCUCCGUCCCCAAAGUCGUGUGAUCCGGUGUGACUGAGAUGCUGUGAUUUACUCUGCACCCCCUGCACUGCCUGCACAAUGCCAAGGAAAAGACUUCAGCAGAUUGCUGGGGUCCUACUGCUGCCUCUCUCGCUCCUGUGCAUGGUGGGAAGCAGAGUAAAUUGCAUUUGUGCAUCUAUCUAAACAAGCUUAUUUAGGUUGAGUCCCUACAAGGGAUGUGUGAUCAAAAUAAUGGCAACACGUGUCCAUGGAUUUACUAGCCCAACACUGUAAUUACUAAUUCUGUAGUAUAACAAUGCAGAAUGUGGGAAGAAUUGUCUAAAUACACAAUAAGCCAUUUAAUUUUGCUAAUUGUAGCAAUUAGACUAGCUCGCAUGAAGCCCAUGCUCUCAGCAGAAAGCCAAAUGGAGAAAGUGGCAAACAGCCAUUUAUAUACCAGAGACAUUAUGUUAUGAAACCCUCCCUUGAUUGUUUACAGAACUAUGUCUUUUCAUUAUGGCAUUGAAUCCAUUCCUCUUUAUUCUGAUAAAACAGAUAAAGUGCAAAAUGAGAACUGAUUCUUUAAAAUCUGGGAAUUAAAAAAACCUGCAACGGAUUACUGCAAUUCACAUAUAGUGAUUUUUUGAAACAAAUUCCGUCAUCAUUUUCACUUGGCUGCAAAUUGCUGAGUGAUCUGCUUCUGAAAUGAUUUCUCACACCUGGUAUGAGCAGAUUUCAUUACAGGAGAGACAAGCAUGACCUCGUAAAGCCUUGCUCAUGUAGGUCAGGGGAAAAGUCUGGUCUACAGAUCACUUGCAAAGCUUUUUUAACGUGUGAGGUGUCCCCUGGGAACAUUUGUUUUACCAUAGUGAACUCAGUGCAGGUGUUUGGUAGGAUUUCUUCACAGUUGCACUGGUAGGAAUAUGAGAAAAUCGGGUCCCAGGCCUUGAGUGAUUCAUUGCGUGAAUUCAGACUGGGGUAGUGAAAGUCUUCAGUUCCUAGGUCCUAAGUGAAGUCAGCUGGAGAUCUGCUUCAUACCAAAAAGCCUGAAUGUCACUUGGCUCAACCAGAAAUACGAACUCUAAACUUACUGCUAACUCAGUACGAAUCAAAACAUUUCUUCUUCUUUCCUUUUUAGUUCAAAUAUUUAGGAAUAUACCCAUUUUGACCGAGUUGCCGUUUUGUGAUCCUUUUAAGAAGAGUUAGAAAAAUGUGUGUGAAACCAGUCAUUUCCAGUGAUCCUCACAAAAGCCAAUUGCUGCACAGCACAUUCAUUAAAAGGAAUUUUUUCUAAACACGUAAGCUUGGCUCCUGUACUUGGGUUUUUUUCUGAAUGCUUAACAUUUAAUUCUCAUGCAGAGGAUCUUAUAUACCCAUUAGUAAGCCAUGUGCCUACUCUGAAUCCUGGAGCAAGGAGGACAGAUAUGCAAAACGCAGGGGAAAAAGUCCUCUUCAGCACAUUUAUGGAGUGAUUUGCAUGAGCUAGAGAAGUAAGAGAGACGCUUACGUACAGUUACAACGGAGUUAUAGAUGCUGUAUUCAUUGAUAGAGAUUUACAAGAAAUCAUAAGUGGCCAACGAAUACAAAGAUCAAAUCUAAACUUCUACGUGCAAGGCACUGUAAAAUAAAAACAGCGAAGAAACUUUAAAGUGUAACCAAACAUCUCAUUUCCAAGAACGGUUGGGAUAAACUUAAAAAUGUAAUGGAUUUGUCAAUCUAACUAGAUGCUACAUUCAUAAAAACAAAGACAUGACUGCUAUGGAUACGAAUAUUUUCUGUACCUGUAGAUUUCAGCCUCUUAUUUCAGAUAUCUUUGGAAGCAAUUGCUUCUGGAUCUUGCUUCUGGGCAUGCUGUAGCCCUAGGCAUGCUAGCAGCUUUUCUACACAAGAUCUGUUCUGCUGUAGGAAAGUCCGCAUCCUUUUAACAAAGCAUUGGGUUUGGGGGGUUUUUUUGCACUGAACUAAACCUCACAGAAGCAUUUCUGGUGUGAAAUAGAUGUGUCCACUCAGCCACCUAGUGUGUAAAAGGUACUGCAAAACAGAAGUUCACUGAUAAGUGAUUUUUUCAAGGUAGAAAACCUGCUAGUCGAAUGUCUAGAAGAGCCUUCACAGACGUAACGUAGUGCUAAGGCAAGACAUAGGCUGUGUUUGGGUGCUACGAGCCUGCUCAGGGCAAAGCCUGGGCACAGUCCAGCACUCUCUCCCCAGCUCAUGCACCAAAGAGCCAACAGAGGGGAAAACCACAUGCAUGGGCUGGACAAGAGCCACAGCGCACAGGGACCAGAUACCUGGCAGGCUGUAGCACACACGCAUUGGUCAGCACAGGCACAUCAGAGGCCUCAGGCCAAUACUGUGAUCCUCCAAACUGCACUAAGUAGGAGCUCCUGAACUUUUUAUGCUCAAGGUUCAAGCACCUAAAAUUUGGCUCCUGGACUUGGUCAGAAACACCUUCACAGCACAGAGUAGCUCAGCUCCUAUCUCCCACCUAAGCCUGCCAGGAUUCCCUGAGCAGGUAUUCUUCUGCCUGUCUUACCUGAAGGACUCAGGUCCUCUGGGGUGCUAUCAGACGGAGCUUUGCACAGAAAUACUCAUGAGUGCUUUUCCAGCAGUAGAUUUGUGGUAGGCAGAGACCAAGGGGAGAGCCAGGCUCAGUUAUCUCUUCAGCUAGCAAUGAUUCAUAUCUCAGGGGAAGGCUAUAGGGCUGCACACUACUGAGGAGAAGGGCAUGCUCCCUCCCUCUUAUUUUGAGGCUGUUCUUCCUCUUUGUGCAAAACAUAAAGGUUAUCUUGUGCAAUGUAGACAUAAUUCUAGUAUUUUGAUGUAUUUUGUCCCUUUCGCGCUGAGGACUCUGAAGUUGUUGCGCACAUCCAGUGCCCUUGCGUGCGUCCAGCCAGAGUAAUGUCGACAAUAAAAAAUAGGGCAGAUGAUACAAAAUCACUCUGCUCACUUUCCAACUUGACCAAAAGCUGUAUGAACAUGGUUAGCACUGUGACAAAGCCUGAAUCUCUACACGCUGCCUUGAAUCAGGUCUACUAAUGCACUGUGUGCUACUCUGGCCAUGUUCACCUGGUUUCUCUUUGGAGCUCAGGCAGACUUUGCGUGUGCACCAGAGCUACACCACGUAGCUUAUCCAUAGUUUCCACAGUCUGUGGUGCACUCCCUUUGCAAUCCCAGUUCUUUGGUCGAACAAAGAUCAGUUUGGGCUGAGCAAAGGGCAAACAGGCUGUAUGCUGCCUAGUGAAGCAUGUGAAGUUGAUGUGGUUUCUCUGGAUGGUAUGUUUGAAUCGGAGUUGUGCACAAAUUGCCCAGGUUACGGCACAUGCAAGAAGUAAGUUCAGUGCCCACAGCUCGAGCAUGCUAUAAAGAGUACUCUUUGUGAAAGUGUUUGUUUUUCUCAUAAUAAAAAUAAUAGGAUCAUGUCUCAUACUUGGGAGCAAAUUUACAGGAUCAAAUGCAUUACUAUAUAUAUUAUAUAUAUACAAGUAUAUAUACGUGUGUGUGUGUGUGUAUACACAUGACAAUGAGUCCUGAGAUUCUAUUAGGAUUCAAUCUUACAGUUCAUUUAAAUUCUAAGCCUAAAAAAAAACCAUCAGGACCAUCGUCAUCAAGGGUAAUCAAGUGAUAACUGCAAAAAGAAAAGAACAUCAUUGGAAAACACAUUCCAGUCAUUAUUGGAUACAGCUUUGCAAUGUAUUAUGCCAGUACUUUAAUGAAAAGCUGUGGAGGGAAUAUGUCUAAUGCUAUAUUUCAUCAUCUUAAAUAUUUUGGUAAAAGAAUAGACUGGGGGGAAAAAAAAGAUUUGUACAAAAUAAAUAAGGAUUUAUCACAUUUAAUUAAUCGAGGAGAAAAAAAACCCCUAACAUAUAGGCAAAUGGCAAAGAGAUCAAUUAAACCUUUGUUUCAUUUAAUGGUUGUAUUUCACUGUUGGUUGGUUCAUUUAAUGGUGGUUGUUUCACUGAAUAUCAGUUAUCAAUGUCAGUAGUUUAUGAAGGAAAUAACCUGCAAUAAUUAGGAUGGUUUACUUGAUUUUUUGACUGAAGAACACUAGUGUUUGUUAUCCAACACAUAUGCCGUUGCCUGAUAAAUGCUGUCAGAAGGAAAGAUUUGCUAGUCCAUGGAUUGCGUAUUGAAGACAAUUUUCAAGUGCAUGUAUUUGAAAACAAUACCACUGUCAAUUUAAAUGUACCAUGAAUACACAGUAGCUAUUUCUGAAAUUUUAGUUACUGAUGUUUUUUUCAGUAUGUAUUCUGCAUUAUUAUCUGUCUAUCCCAGAUUGUUUCUUAGGUAAUCUUUGAUUAGAAUUAAUUUUAAAUUUUAUGAAACUGAGGGAAAGAUUACUAGCCAGUGAAGGCACUUGCUUCAUUGAAGCUCAAGUAUAUGUCUUGAGUUCUGACCUGAGUGACCAUUCAGCAUUAAGGAUAGUGUUUGAAAAAUACAGUAACUUUCCAACAGGAUCUCAUUUAUGGACAGAUAGGUCUAAAAAUUGUCGCAGUGACUGGGUCAGACAACGGCGAUAGCUACAGAGGGAAAGUUCAAAAGUAGUCACUAAUCACUCCCGACGUCGUUCCCUGCAUUCCCAUUUCAGGACACACGUAGCCUUCCUGUCGGCCAGCGUCCACACGUGCUGUGGUGGGUCCUGGUGCCGGCACUGCCUGCGUUCACUCUUGCAGAAGGGGAAGACAAAGUAGGCAGCUGGUUUCCAGCUCCAGUUCCCCCUGGGUUAUCAGGCUGGCCCACGGGAGAUAUUUCACUGAGAACACUUUAGCCAUCGGCAAGAUUGUCACACCGAUCUGGGCAGGAUUUAGCCUUUAGACAGCACCGUAUGGACAAUGAAAAAAUCUUCCUUUGUCAGCAGAGAGGGCAGCUGCCACUAUUUAUAGUCACAAAGUGCCAGCAUAUUGUCAUGUAUUUGUGGCUGCUAUCGAUUCCUCCUUUUUCAUUUUAUUGGAACAGCUUGGAACUUGUCAAGCUUUGCUUAGGUUGAUUUGCAGCUAAUUAAUUCAACAGACAUUUUUAAUCUUGCAAAUUUGUGACUUUUUAAUACAGUAAUCAAGCUCCCGUGAGCAAACAUUAAUCAGUUAGGGGGAAAAAAAAGAAAGCUGUUGUUAGCUGUGUUGAGCAUGGUGCCCACACUGGAAAGAGAGAUCCAGAAGAGAUGCAACAUUAGUAAAUUCAUCCUAGCUAAGCUUUCAUCAUUCAUCUUAUGAAUCAUUCAUCCAUUUGAUUUGUUUUGUACAUGCAAGGAGUUGUAUUUAAAAGAGGAUUGCUGGGAUUGAGACAGAUCUAGUUACCGUCAAUGGGGAACUGGCCAAAUUAUGGUUCUCUAUUUCCUUAUCAACCAAAAAGUCAUUCUACCCAGCAGCAGUACAAUUUCAUUUCUGCGAUGACUGUGCUGGUUGUGGAACAGUUAAUCCUGGAGAAAUGACUGUAACAAAACACAUAUUGCAUUUAGCAACAGCACUAAGAACUGGGUGAAUGAGUGGAGAAAAUAUUUUAUUCAUUGCUUUUAACACACAGGUGGGUUUUAGCUACUUGGACAUGAAGCAGAAUGGAAAAAAAAUAUAAUGUUGCCUAUACCAAACCUGAUCACUGAAUAAAGAAAGGCUUGUGAUCAACAAAGCAUUUAAGUCCUUUCAUAAGCAGGAAGGAUGUAGGUUAAUAUACUUGCAGUUUAUAAAAAUCAGGAGGAACGAGUGGGUGGUUUAAUAUUUAACCUAACUGGUACUUGGAGGAACACAGUUACAGCAACACGGGACUCGGCAAGAGCUCACGGCUUGGCUGUACCCUCUCCUGGUACAGAGUUUUCAAGCAGGGUGCUGUCCCAGCCCUCUCCGGUCUGUCUGCACAGGGUGCACGUCUAUGUACGUCAAUGAGUAAUCUGUACAUACGUGUUAUUGUGGAAGCAUCUCCACUGGUAACCUUAGCAGGGAGGCCAGAGAUCACAAAGACACGAAAGCAAAGGAAUGAUUCCUCCGGUCAGGAGUAAGAGAUGUUUGUGAAACACUGUGGAAAAGCUGCCCCUGCUGUUUCAGUGGAUCAAGGGAGGAGCAGAGUCUUUUAACAGCAAAAAAACCCCCACAAACAACCCAAGAAACCUUAAUGCCAAAAUACUGUUUAUGGUGCAAUUACUCUCUCCUCUAGGAAGGAUGUUGACUGAGAAAAUUCUAGAUACAUUACAAACUAACUGGAACUCACAGGGACACAGUGAAUGAUACUUCUUAGACAUAACUUCGUUGCUAUAGACAGGAGUUCUUUAUUAGCAAUAAGAUACAAAGAUGUCUCAAACUAAGGCCUGGGAGACAAGGAUUUUGUAUGGCUGUUAUGCCAGUGAUUGUUAAAUUUAGAAAUCAUAGAUCUUUAUAACAGACUAUAGGUCAAAGAACUUUUUUUAUUAUUUUCUUUACAGAGGAUAAAUCUCAGAUGGCUUCCACAAAAACCAUAAGGUUUAAAAUAGGCUCAGAAGAUGGGCUUUUCUAUAUAUGGAAUAUUAUAGACUUGGUGUUGUUCAAGUGCUUGUUAUUUUCUCAUGCUCUCAGUUUCUCAUGCAUUUAGUCCAUAAGCAAAUAGCAGAUUUGCAGGUGCAUGUUCCUUCAGUGCUAAUAGUCCUCGCACCAACUUGUUCAUGCAUGGCUGAGGAGCACAUACAUGGGGAGGUGUGCACUUGUGCAGGUGUACAGCAGGAAAAAAAUAGAGAAGAUGGAGAUUAGCAGAUGAUGUGGUAGAAGUCUUAUUACAAUUAGGGAACAGCUGUGAAUCUUUAGAGUAGAUGAGCCCUCAUAGUAUUUGUUCAUGCUAAGGUAUUCUGUCACUCAGUUCAUCUGAAGGACUUUCAACUAUAUUAGAAGUUAUCACCAAUUCUUGCUUGUUUAGAAGCAGAAACAAUAUCAUCCUGAUUUCAGGAGAAAUCGCUAUGGAGACAUUCAUAGCCUCAUGCAUGAUCUGUAAGCAUAGCAUGUCAUGACAGGUUUGUUUUCUUCAAAGAUCUCCUCAAAGAAGUUUGCAAAAAUUUGCUAGACACUGUUCUGAUCUUUUUCCUCACCUCCAUUUUCCUCCUGUGCUUCUGAGUCUCAUAUGCAAACCCCACCAAUGAGAGAAGACACUGCUCAGGUUAUCUAACAGACGUUCUUUUCUCAUAUCAUGGUACAAAACUCAAAAAUUCCUUUGCGUAACACCUGGCUAUUGGGAUAACCUCUAUAGUUAGAGAAGGAAAAGCAAGUUAAAGAUGCAAAUAUUGAAAUAAUUUUAUCAUGUGCAAAGCAGAAACCUGUUUAAAGAUAGCUGUCAUAUUUUGCUGCUCAACUGAUCAUAUUUCAUCAUUCCAGAGCCUUGGUAUAUGCCCAUAGCAACCUAGAAGUAAAUAUCUUUUAUUUCUGAGAUAAUUUCUGACUCACAGAACAGCCACUAACUGGGGAUCAUGUUGGAUUAGCAAGCAAAGAUCCGCCAUCCCACUGCAGUUGGUUAACAGGACUGCAGUUGCUUUAAAUCAAUUCCCAUUGAUUCUCAAGGGCAGAAACUGCCCCCUGCGUAAUUUGUUCUACUUGAGGGGACAGAUAUUUUGCUGUCUAUUCCUUGAGUAUACAAUAUUAACUAGCUAAUGUUUAUUCUAACAAAUGAGCAUCACUCUCUUUUCCUGCAGGUGCUAUUCCAUGUGUAAGGCUGUCUCAACAGUGGAAGCUGGCUCUGUUCUUCCCAUGCUUGCUUACCUGCCUCUUUAAUCAAAUGUUAACUUAACAAUUGUUAUUUCUCAUACUGAAGAGCCAUAUGAAACCCAGUUUGACUUCUGGAUUUGACCUGUGGCAUUAGAAAAUGGGAGAGCCAUCUCACUGUAAGCCGAGUGCAUUGGAAAUGGUACCCACUGGGACGCAAUAAACAUGGUUCCUUACUUACCAUGCUGAUUUUAUAGUUAUUUUCCAGAGUACAGCUGUGCUUUAAAACUUCGUGCAGCUCUCUGUAAUCUUCUUGUAUUAAAAAAAAAAAAGGAAAAUAAAAUGAAAAUGAAAAAAAGAAAAGAAAAGAAAAGAAAAGAAAAGAAAAGAAAAGAAAAGAAAAGAGAAAAGAAAACCACUUUUAAUGGUUCUUCCUCAGUAUACAUUGUUCUCUUGAAAUUUGCAAUGUGCAAGGAGCAUGUCAGUUAAUUCGCUUGGACAUUCCAAAUGGAUUCCUACAAAAACUAUUAAUAAACCCAGUAGUAAUUAAAAAAAACAUAUUGUCCAGUCAUUGCAGCAAAAUGUAUACUCAGAUAAGGCUAACUAAUUUGUGCAUGCUUCCACCUUUCAUCUCUUAAGAGACAGAACUCAAAGGUUGUUUUCAGAUAGAUUUGUUUUGGGGAAAUGUGUGCAAAAGUGUUUUUAGGUUAUUAGUGAAACAGGUGAGCCUUCCAAAGCAAUUUCAUAUGAGGCAAAUGAUCCUAAAAGACAGACUUGAUAACAGUUGUGCUUACAAAACCUUCUUGAAUGAUGUACAGCUAAGCAAAAAAGCAAACCAAAAGACACUCUUAAAGGACUGAAGAGAAAUUCUGCCUGGUGAACACGUCAAUAAGUCAUACUUACACCAGCAUUCUGGACAGGAGCAUUUAUUAUACUGGGAUUUGCUUUGAUUACAGGCAGUUUAUAAUCAUAAAGGGCUUCCCUGAAGGUCAACCAUAGCAAAUGGAUUACUUUCUUUUGACUUUAAUGGAGUCCAAUAAGCCCCAGGAGUAAGCACGUGGGCAUUUUGCUUUUAAAUUUCACAAUGCCUCUCUAAGUAAAAUUUAUUUUGAAGGAAUCUCUUUAAUAACUAUUUUACAGCUCACUUGAACUUUACUAUCAAGUGAAACUGUCAGUCAUUGUGCACCCAAUACUGAUUAGGCUAAGUCAACAAAAAUGUCUGAGGAAGGAAUAUCAGGCUUUGUAUUAAAAAACCUGUCCGCUGGAAAUAAUACUAAAGCAUUUCUAGGUCUUCCAAUUCUGCUAGUCACUGGAUGAGGCCAAGAUACCUGGCUGGAAUCCAGGAUAAAUUAAAAUAGCUGUUUAAAUUUUCAGACAGCUUAUUAAUAUAUUAAUCAUAUUUUAAUAUUUUCUAUGAAAAAAGUAUCCUUUAAGCUAUACAUUUCAAUUUCAAGAAAAAUCCACAUCUCUCUGUAAAGCCUAAGUCACUGGGCUCCAGGGCAGCAGGGGAAAAAUUGGGCAAGUCGGGGCAGUGAAAUUUUAUCCUAAGCUCAGGCAAGAGUCCUCCUGCUUUCCCCACCAGCCUGCCACCCCAGUCCUCCAUGAUACUUGCCUGUCAUGCUUCACCACUGAAACCCCUGAAAAUGAAUCGAGGAUUUGGAUCCUGACAAACCUCAUGUCAGUCUUUAGUGCUGGGUCACACAGGAAGGGGACAGAGGCACCUCGAUGGCACAGGGUAGGAUCAGGUGCUGGUAGAUCUUUUCUUCCAGUUUCUCCAACAGCUGCCACUGACACAGCUGAACUGGUGAUGGAGAGAGGGACGCUUCUUCUUGGGGCAGCUGUUGUCUGUGAGUACUGAGAUUUGGGGAUAUUAUUUGUAGCCUCUGUGAAAAGGAAAGGCGGCGAAUAAAAGUUAUGACACAGUGAAGAGGGUGUCUACGUAUGUCACAUAACCACAAUGCCAAAACAUGUUAACAUCAAGCUGGAUGCCUGUGCUGUAGGACGUUAGUGCUAAGAACAGAAACAAAUUUAUUGGCUGGUGCAACGCAGUCCUCAAAGAUGCAGUUUAUACUUUGCAAACUGACAUGCAUAGGGAAAAACAAAAGAUUGCCUUUACUGUUGUUUCACAUGAAGAAAAAGAUUUUUACAUCCAUUUCAAAGAUAUGCCUUUUAGCAUCUUUGUGGUUUAUGAAAUAAGGCCUGAAAAGUACUUCUCUCCCUUCAAAAUCAGAAUAUCUUUUUCUGCUUAGGUUUACAUAAAACUACAAAGCCUUGACUUCUCUGAGAAAUUGAGAUUCUCGCAGCCCCACUCCAUCCCCCCCUCAAAAAAUCAGAGCAACUGAGCAGGAACUCCUGACAAACAUUUUGGGGAAAGCUGCAACACUGCGCCACGCCAAGAAGUCUCACACUCCGGUUUUCUAGUUUUCCACUUAGUUCUGUGGCAAGAGUGCAGAAAAAUUAAGGGCCAUGACAUGCAGGAUGUGCAAGUGUAAUUGGCAAUUACCGGUGGCUCUGCCACCAUAGUACGUAGGUUCAGCACACUGUGAACAUCAGUGACUCCUCAUUUUGGGCUGCCAGAGAUAAAGUCGGUCAAAACCACACAUCACUUUUGAAAAUCAUAAUCAAAAUACAGGGAGCUUAGAAAGAUAAAAUUAAGCAAAAAUCAGGGAGUUUCAGGAUUUCCUUGUUUAACAGAAAACAAAAAUGAAAGAAGGCACAAAUACAUUUUUCUCUUUCAUAAGUUAUAUGUAAACCAUAUGCACACACUUCAGAAGUACACACCCUAUGUUUUCACAGGCCAACCAAAAAAAAAAAUCACCAAAACCAUUUCGUUUUGUGAAGCUCCCUGCUGUGAUUUCUUCAAGUCAGGUGCCUAGCGCAGAAUUCAUGAUACCAAAUUGCAUGUACCCAUGUUGUGACCAUCAGCAGGGGGAUCUGACAGUAGGACUCGGAAGAACCAGUGCAUUGCACUUUCAGUAAUGGGAUGUAGUAGGUGAUCACCGCUGAAGGUAGGAACACAUCUCUAAAUUUGUCCACCUCCUAGAAGUAGGCUUUUUUUUUUUUUUUUUUGUGAAAUUAAUUCCCAGAGCCUGAAGUCCCUUCUUGGACCUGCACACUCAAGUUGUGCAUUUUGGUAGAGAAAAAACUACCUGCUCCUCUUCCUAGGCACGAGUGGAAAGGAAAGCUGGGGCUGCCUCUGUGCCAGAGGCUGUUAGCUGGAGCUCUGGGAUCAUGAUGCAAGCCCAAAUCCCUGCUCAUCCUGAGUGGACUCAAGCCGACACUUUCCUGGAGACUGUCCUGUCUGCAGGAGGGGGAACACCAUCCCACUCUCCAGACAAGAACAGGUCACCAUGAGGGCUGAAAUGCAAUGGUGCUGGGUGCGGGCAGGAAGGCCCAAGAGGAGCUGUGACUCUGUGGUCCAAGGUAGAAGCUGAUCCUCUCUUUGAGGACUGCUUGGUGCAAAGGGCCUCUGGUGCAUACACCCGGGCUGGGUGUGUACAUGCAGGCUCUGCAGGAACAUCACGUGGGGAUCCCCAUCACAUGGGCACAUCUCGCAUGGAUCCAAAUGUGUGGGUACAUCCUGGGACAUCUAUCCGAUCAGUCCCCGGGAGACAUAGGCACGGGACCCCUGGCCCUGUGACUCUCAGGUGGCCUCGGUAGAGGAUGGGUCUGUAGAAGUUCACCCACACUGAGAUGGUGGUACCUCCAGGCACACGUGGUGGCACAUCGUCAGGCACUCGCAGUGUAUUUCUGCCUUCCAGGAGCUGCAGUCCCAGUCCCAGAGGUAGACCAGAUCUCAUGUGAUGCCUGAUAAAAAGUAAAUGACUUCCUAAUACUAUAAAAAAUGCACAUGCAAAUAGACUCAAAUACUUGAAAUUCAAAUUCCAAUAGUAUAUUCUGUGCUCAUUCCUAUGUUAUUAUUACUAAAAUAAUUUUCUUUUUCUUUUUUUUUCAGAAAUCAUAAAGUUUCCUGCUUUAAGUUGUUGCAUGAUAUAAAAUUAAUUCCAAAUGAGUGGGUUUUAACUGUAUAUGUCCUGGGUUUAAUUUUUCAGUUAUUUUUCGUAAAUACCUUUUACAUCUAACUACCUCAGCUGCCUUUUGUUUUGUUUUGGCGCAUAUGAAGUCAUGCACUUUCUAUAUUUGGGGAUUGGGGGCGGGGGGGGG